AUGUGCUCGGCCUACAGUGCAAACUCCGAUAAAGUAUUACUUGUUGGUCUCGAGGGGGUGGGCGACACUCAGCGGCUGAGCUGGUUCAGGAGCGCCCUUGCGCGUAUCACGCGCGCUAUCCGCCGCCGCCUCAGCCGCGACGACCCCGCCACGCCACCCGACUUGUUCCUUGACAAGUACGCGGCCACGGAGUUCCACGACCCCCAGGAGCCCAUGUACGAAGCCAAGAGAUCCAAGAUUCUUUGCGGACUCAAGCUGGUUUUCGAUCCGACGCAGCCGGGACAUUACCAUUGGCUAGCCGUGGUCUCGCUCGCGAUCCUAUACAACGUGGUGUUCGUGAUCGGGCGCGCCGUGUUCUGGGAGUUGGACACCAUCACAGUUGUCUGGUUCGUGCUGGACUACAUCUGCGACGCCAUCUAUCUCGUCGACACCGUCGUUCACGUGCAUGAAGGGUAUCUUGAACACGGUCUUAUGGUAAAGGAAGCCACGAGACUUAGGAAGCAUUAUCUCAAGUCAGACUCUUGGCGAUAUGACCUAAUAUCUUUGCUGCCCACGGACAUUGCCUACUACUGGUGGAAACCUCAGAGCUGUGACUAUGACCGUUUACCGUGCCCUGUUAUUGUGCGAAUGAAUCGACUGUUUCGCCUUCCUCGAAUGUGGGAGUGGUUCGACCGCACCGAGACCGCCACCAGCUACCCAAACGCUUUCAGAAUCUGCAAGGUCGUGAUGGCCAUUCUAGUUCUCAUUCACUGGAAUGCAUGCCUUUAUUUCGCGAUAAGCUAUGCAAUUGGAUUUGGGACCGACAAUUGGGUAUACAACAUUACAGGUGGACGAAACGAAACGUUGGCUCAUCAAUACAUUUACAGUUUUUAUUGGUCGACCCUAACACUCACUACCAUAGGAGAAACGCCCCAGCCCGAAAUCGAUCCAGAAUACUUAUUUGUUGUGGCGGACUUCCUUGCCGGCGUCCUCAUUUUUGCUACAAUCGUAGGUAACAUCGGCUCAAUGAUAUCGAACAUGAACGUGGCUCGCGUCGAAUUUCAAAAUAAAAUGGACGGUGUGAAACAGUACAUGGCAUUCAGAAAAGUGAGCGGGGAACUCGAGGCGAGAGUUAUCAGAUGGUUUGCGUACACCUGGGCUCAGAGCGGCGCGCUGGACGAAGAGAACGUCCUGUCUUCAUUACCUGAUAAACUUAAAGCCGAAAUUGCUAUACGCGUUCACUUGGAGACUCUGCGGAAAGUGCAAAUAUUUCAAGAUUGCGAGCCCGGUCUUCUUGAAGCACUUGUGUUAAAGCUACGACUUCAGGUCUUUAGCCCAGGAGAUUACAUUUGCCGCAAAGGAGAUGUUGGAAAAGAGAUGUACAUUGUUAAACGGGGCCGUCUACAGGUAGUGGCAGAUGAUGGUAAAACUGUGCUUGCCGUUUUGAGUGCCGGAUCUGUGUUUGGAGAAGUCAGCGUUUUGGACAUCGUGGGCAAUCGCACCGGCAAUCGUAGGACCGCCAAUGUACGAGCACUGGGUUAUUCCGACCUGUUUUGUUUGGGUAAAAGAGAUCUUUGGGAAGCCUUGGCUGACUACCCCGAUGCUCGAACUACCUUAACUGAACGUGGAUGUCAACUUUUACGCAAGGAUGGUCUACUUGACGAGCAAGUUUUCCAAAAAGCGCAAAAUACUCAAUUGAGCCUAGAGGAAACUGUCAGCCAACUGGAGACUACAGUGGAAAUACUCAAUAACCGACUAGAGGGCUUGUUGACUGACAUUGGAGAAGAACAGGCUAAAAUUAAACAAAAGCUCAGUCAGAUCGAAAUGAGGGUCGUAGACACUGAAGGUGAGGUUAUUACCGACGAUGAGGACAGGACUUCAUCCGAUGGGUCUGAAAUAAGAAGCGAGAUCGCUCGGAUGUCGGACAGUUACGAGUGCAGCGAGCUGGCGCUGAGCAUGUCUCCGAGCACGUCCCCGGUAUUCCUGGAAAAUCCCAUUGCAGGUCGGGAGCGCGGCCACUCGCUCUGCGUGGAGAGGACGCCCAGCCUCAGCCACCUUGCCGCCCAACCGCGGAGUAAAUCACUCCGCAUUAAAAAACCGCCCAAAGACUACUCUCACUAAAAACCAAAAAGGGUGAUGAUUCAAAAAUUCCGUGAUGUAUUAUUUUAAACCCAAUUUUGUUUCUCUUUCAUAUAAGGCUGUUUCUCAAAAAAGUGGUAAGGCAGAAUUAAAACACUUUUUUUUUUAACUUGGCAUUAUUACUACAUUUACUACUUAUUGAAACGCAAAUUAAACAUUUG